CAGAAGAAGCAGCACUGACUGCUGGCUGGUUCUGGUUCCGGUCGGUUGAGUCUGUCACAUGAAGGAUGAUGGAUGUAAUUAGCCAACGUUAGUUUAUUGAGGGGUAAAGACACAACAAGCAGGCAAACUGCAUAUAUGUAUUUCAUCAGCAGUUACUUCAGCGUACUGGUGGUUGAUAGAUUUGAUAAAGCUCUUUCUCUUCUCCUUUGCUGGACUGUGCCAGAUUUUGGAUGGAGUCAACACCCAAUUUUUCAUCGUCUUGUGUAGUCGCAGCCAGGGACCUCAGGGUUCGGGAUUUGUGCAGUCCUGUACAUCAGAGAGAGAAGAAUGGUCAAGUAUUUCUGUAACAGCACAGACAUCAGGAGUACGUGGGACCAUGUUGUCUCUGCUUUUUGGCAGAGGUACCCUAACCCAUUCAGCACCCAUGUUCUCUCAGAGGACGUUGUGUACCGGGAGAUAACCGCGGACCACCGGCUCCUCACCAGACGCCUCCUGAUGAAGACCAAUCGGCUGCCACGCUGGGCGGAGUGUCUCUUCCCCGGCGGCAUGUCUCGCUCUGUUUACAUCGUCGAGGACUCCAUCGUGGACCCCGUCAACAGGAGCCUGACCACCUACACCUGCAACCUCAACCACACAACUCUCAUGUCGGUUGAAGAGCGUUGUAUUUUCCAAGACUCAGCGGAGCAGCCAUCCACCACCCUGCUGAAACGAGAGGCGUGGAUCUCCUCAAACGUUUACGGCUUCUCCAGACCUAUUCAGGAGUUUGGAUUGGCCCGGUUCAAGAGCAACCAGGUGAAGGCCAUGAAAGGGCUGGAGUACGCACUGUCCAACUUACAGGGAGAGACGCCCCAGCGGCUGCUCAGGGUCACGGUGAAGGACGCGUCGGAGAAGGCCAAGGAGGCCGCCAAGAGCCUGGCUUCAGCUGCUGCCGUCCCACAGAAACCCCAGCAGUACGUCUGACGGGACAGUCUGUACAGGUGACAUGAACUCAACACAAUGCCUUUUGAUCAUCGCCAUCGUCUCCACUGGACUGGACUUUUCUGGGAUCUCGGCGUUUAUUCUUCUUCCGUAUAUGAAGCGGCCUCUCUUCUCUACGGCUGGACUUUUAUCUUUUUUCUGUCUCUGUUGUCAGCUUUCUGUCUUUGUUAAACCUCAGGUCCUGAAACAUAUUGCCUUUGUGGAAACGUUCAGAUUUAACGCUGUAACUACGUCAGGUUUAUAUGGAGGACCACGAGAGUCACGUAAAUAGUAAUAGAGCAUUUAGUUGAUUAAUAACUAAUUGUACAAUAAAGAUAGGCAUUAAUAAAUGUGAUUACAAAUUAAUUUAUUGAUUGUACAAUAAAAAUAGGUAUUGAUGAAUG